AUGUCGUUUUCCUUCGGCUUUGGCGGUGAUGACAUUGAAGAGGACUCCGCCUCGGCCUCCGCGCCCGCCGUCGCCGCCCCGGGACCUGAGACCCCGGCGCACUCCGCGGCCCCCAGCGCGAGCUCGUCCGCCUUCCCGGUCCCGGGCAAACCACAGCUGCCUCCCACCGGCCACGAUCUGCAGCACAUGCUCUCGAGGCUGCCGUCAAAAGUUGCCUUCAGCACCCUGGACGUUGCCCUGGACGAUGGCACCACCAUCGCGAUCCCCCGCCGCGAACUGUGGGACGUGCGGGUGCAGCUCAUGGCUGAGGAUGAGGCCGCCAACGGCGAGGGUCCAGAGGCCGAGGGAUUGGGCAGCCACGACGUGAAGACGGGCGUCUACGAGGGGGGCUUCAAGAGUUGGGAGAGCAGCGUUGAUCUGGUCAAGGUGCUCGCCAGCGGCCGGUACCUGGACGCGCUGAAGCAGAGGCCUCUCCGUGUGAUUGAGCUUGGUUGCGGUACGGCGCUGCCGUCCUUGGCCAUCUUGCAAUGGACCAUGAGGGACUCGGCCGCGAGAUCGCCGCUGCUUCUCACGCUGGCCGACUACAACCCGACAGUAUUGCAGCUGGUAACGCUGCCCAACUUCAUUCUUGCCUGGGCCCAGGAGCGGAGAAGCCAGAGCCCGGUGCUGCAGGAGGCGUUUGCGCUCGAAGACGAGCUGGAACUCACGCCCGAGGUUCUACAGCAGUUUCAAGACUUCCUUACGUCCUCUCAAAUCUCUCUCAACUUCAUUUCUGGCGGCUGGUCCGAGGAGCUGGUCGGCCUCCUGUAUGAGAGCCAGUCCAAGCUGGACAAGACCAACGCCAAUUUCGAUACCCUACUCCUCGGGGCCGAGACCAUCUACUCCCCGUUCGCAUUGGAUGCAUUCAAUGAGAUGGUAUUUGCUGUUCUUAGCAGGGAGCAGAGAGAACGCGGCAGCGACUGUCAGUCACAGGCGCUGGUUGGGGCGAAAAGGCUCUACUUUGGCGUCGGAGGCUCGCUCGACGACUUUGUCGAUAGGGCUAGGGGGAAGGGUGCGACAGUGACUCAAAUCGCGGAGGAGACAGAGGGUGUCCGGCGGGGAGUUGUCCGUUGCACGCUGAGUUCGUCUGGUUAA